UAGAUGUCUGCGAUUUGGUACAGCUGAUGAUUUUUCAUUGACUUUCUCUUUCUUUAAAAAUAAUUUUGAUUAUUUCAUCUUUUUCAGUGUUUAAUUGUUGUCAUUUUGUUGUCUUUUUUUUCAACUUUCAACUGUAAUUUUAUUUACUUGUUCACUACCAGCUAUGGUCAUUUUAAUGCGCUUUGCUGUUAGGUCAAAUUUGUUGCCUUGGCUAUUGAGUUCACAUCAGACCAAUAAAAGUUUGACUGUUGGUGUUCGCAAUUUGUCCACUGUAUUGCCCGAUGAAGUGUCUUUCUAUAAUAAUGCUGGUUUCGAUUGGUGGUCUGGUAUUAGUAUGAAACCCUUGCGAGCUCUUAAUCAACUGCGUGUACCUUUAAUUCGUGACACUUUGACUGGAGGUCGUAAAUUGACUACUUCGAAGCCGCUUAAUGGUUAUUCUUGUAUUGAUGUUGGUUGUGGCGGGGGUUUACUUUGUGAGCCUCUUGCUCGGCUUGGUGCCUCGGUUACAGGAAUUGAUCCUAGUCAGAGUAGUAUUCAAGCUGCGGAAGAACACCGUGAUUGGUUUUCAUCUUCUUUAAGUGAAAAUUUAAACUAUAAAAUGACUUCUAUUGAAGAUUUUGUUGUCAAUGAAAGCCAUCACAAUCAAUUUGAUGCUGUCGUUGCAUCCGAAGUAUUGGAACAUGUCCAAGAUCUCGAUUUAUUUAUUAAAUGUUGUGAAAAACUCAUCAAGCCAGGAGGAAAUUUAAUCGUUACUACAAUUAACCAGACUCUUGCUGCAUACAUUAUUGACAUUUUAAUCGCUGAAAAGGUACUUGGUUUAAUACCUCAAGGAACUCAUCAAUAUGAACUUUUCAUCUCACCGACAAGCUUACAGAAACUUGUCGAACACAAUAAUUUCACAGUUAGAUCAAUCCAAGGAAUGAUGUACAACCCGUUGUCUUCAAGAUGGUCUUGGUCAAAAUGUACCGCUAAUAAUUAUGCUAUGGUAGCAGUAAAAGAUGCCAAAGAAACGAAACAAAAUUCUUAAAUAAGUCGAUAGAAUAUAAUUAUUUAUUGUGUUUCAAUCCUAUUCUCUCUUCGGAGUUACAUCGUUAUGUCUUUUCUUUUGUUAAACUAGACUCUUAUAAAAUAUAAUUUAUUUAUGAAAAUGA